CGUAUGCGCGAGUAAAUUGAAACUCAUAUGCUUGCAACAAAUUGAAAGGGGAUCUGGCGUCGAUAGCACUGUUUUGGAUGAAGAAGAAAACGGAAAUAUCACUGUUAUGUCAAAUAACCGACCACUUUCCUACCCCGGAAAAGUCCGGUAAUCAAGAUGAAGAUCAAUAUCCAAAAAUAGUUGUGAGAAUAAAAUUCGAAAAAGGAAAGAUACCGACGCAUCAUGAUUUCCAGAACCGAAACCGAAACUGUCUUUCAGCGACGUGAAUCUUCGCGCGAGCUUUUUCAGUGAGUGUUUCCUCACAUAUCGAGUGUGGACUCUGGCAAGACGUUAUCGAGAUUCUUGUCUCUGUGCAUUGAACGUAAUGAUGGACGGCCAUAAUGUGAGACGAGCUGGAAAGGAGCCAGACUACCCCUGCCCAGAGUGGAGAUUCGGACCGCCCAUUUGCACUGUACUUUGAUCAACAAUGAUCAACACGAGAACUGUCAAUAUUUGACACGGACGAGACAAACCUUUGGACGAAUCGUGAUUGAUGAGUGCCAUGAGUAAUUGUAGUCUCCGACCACUGUCCAUGUAUACAUUACUCAAGGACAGCAAAGUGACAGCUGGGGCUCUCGGAUGGUCACCAGGCUAGCCAGGGUAGAACAGGAGGCAGUCCUAUGGUAUGUGGCGCUUCCGAAAGGACCCCUAUUUUACACGGCAUCUCGGUAUUCAUAACCGACAGCCCCGCCAGCGCUAGGGGUGCGAUACACUUUACCUGGCGCGAGCGCGUCACAAAUGCAGUUCAUCGGCAUCUUUGCCGCAUACUGCAGUCAUACCCGACUCAAAGCAGAGGAAUGGCUAUUUUCGACGCACAAAGCGUUGGCCCGGUGGAUAAAAAUGCACACAACUGAGAUGCGGACGCAAAGCUGUUCUAUUCUCGGAUACACGUUUCUCCAUUAACGAGGUGUGACAUUGUCACAGUGCUGCUGCACAGAAUUGAGCGAAUGGUUUCGGCGACUUUGCCGUCGAUACCUUUCAUCAGUAUCCGUGACGUCGCGGAAUGUAGAAGACUUGUUUGUACGACUACGGUCCCUGCGCACUACUAUAGUGCCUGCGCUCACGAUGCCACCGCAACCGUCGCAGCGACCUGCUUCUGAAUGAAUUGAGUGAAUAGACAUGGAAGACGCAUUCAACGUAAAUCAUCGAAUACGCAUCUUCGGCGAUUCAGGCACCGUGGGAGUACCGUCUUCGAAACGUCCGAUCGACAUCAUAACGCAGUGCAGACAUCCCUGUAUGUGCCUUGCAGCACUAUGCUGGGCGGGUCCGCACCCGCCCUGUUACUCUAUGGAGAUGCAGGCGCUUCUGUGGUGUCGCGUAUGCGGGUAUCGCGACGAAUUAUGUAGACCGAACUGGAUGGAUUAAGUAUGUGUCCUGCAACGAGUCUCUCGGGCACUUCAAGCAAUGCCGUGUUAAUGCCUCAUGUCCCUUAUUCUGUUUCACCGGAUCUUGUCUUUAGAAUCUGUGCCCAUUUACCCAUCCUGCGGAAGAGGCGGCGAUGACUAUGUGCGUACGCGAGGCGAUGCUGUACGAUGCGCGCUCCUUGUUGUUCCUGAUGGGAAUCUCGGGCUACCUCAGGCGCUUGUAGUCCGACGUAUUUGUCCGUAUUUUGGGGUGCAUGGCUGAGCAGACGGGCAUAUAAGGCGGACAGGACACCUGAGGAGGGUAGGCGUAGCUUCCCCAGGUUCGACAAGUCAAGACAGGAUGCAAAAGCUCACCUUUCUUUCGUCGGCUGUUGCUUUGACUUUGUCAACGCUUGUCCAUGGUAAGGAUGUGCCCAUGGACUUGCACAUCGUUAAUACUGUCCUGGCACCAGACGGCUUCAAUCGAUCAACGGUUGUCGCCAAUGGCCAGUUCCCUGGUCCGCUCAUUAAAGGAAAUGUCGGCGAUCGCUUCAAGAUCAAUGUCUUUGACGAGCUGAAAGACCCAUCAAUGCGUCGUGCGACAUCCAUUCACUGGCACGGUCUAUUUCAGAAACAUCAGAGCGAGUUUGAUGGUCCCGCGUGGGUAACUCAAUGCCCGAUCAUUCCUGAAGAGUCCUUCCUCUACGACUUCUCUGUACCCGAUCAAUCUGGAACGUAUUGGUACCAUUCGCAUCUGUCGACGCAGUACUGCGAUGGAUUGCGUGGCCCGCUCGUUAUUUAUGAUCCGAAUGACCCUCUUAAGCAUAUGUAUGACGUUGACAACGACGACACAAUUUUGACCAUCGGUGACUGGUAUCAUGAUCCGGCACCGAGCAUGUUCCCUAACCCAAAACAUGUGGACCCUAUCGAGAAAGCGACAACGGUGAAUGGCAAGGGGCGAUAUCCUGGCGGACCCAAGUCUCCGCUUUCGGUUACCAGCGUCAAGAAAGGCCUUCGAUACCGUCUCCGCUUCAUCUCAGCCGUUUGCGGUCCGACAUAUAAUGUGUCUAUUGAUGGACACCAGAUGACUAUCAUUGAAGCGGAUGGAAUAGAAACAGAGCCGCUGACGGUCGACAGCCUCCAAAUUUUCGCGUCACAACGAUACUCUGUCGUGGUUACUGCAGACCAGCCUAUUGACAAUUACUGGAUCCGCGUCAUUCCCACUGGUGCAGAGGCUGGUAAUGGCACGAACGAGAGCUUUGUUGGUGGCCUGAAUGCCGCUAUCCUCCGUUACGAGGGUGCGAAUAAUACGGAACCCACGUCCGAGCCGAUUCCUAACGGCGUUCCUUUGAAUGAGGCGGACCUUGCACCUCUCAUUAAUCCUGGAGCACCCGGCGGACACGAUAUUAAUGGAGCGGACUACAACAUUACUCUGACGACUAGCCUUGACCUCACCACCGGUUUGCAUCUUAUCAACGGCAUUGCGUAUGAGCCUCCGAAGAUUCCAAUAUUGCUACAAGUCCUAUCUGGCGUGACAGACCCUCGUAAACUUCUUCCAAAAGGCUCUGUGAUUGGCCUUCCAAGGAACAAAGUUAUACAGGUGGAAUUACCCGGUGGUUUCCCCCAUCCAUUCCAUCUCCACGGACACGCCUUUGAUGUAAUUCGUACUGCCGGAAGCGACACGUACAACUUCAAGAAUCCUCCUCGCCGCGAUGUCGUUAAUAUUGGUAACCCGGGUGACCUUGUUACGAUUCGGUUCGUUACGGAUAACCCUGGACCAUGGUUCUUCCACUGCCAUAUUGAUUGGCACUUGGAGGCUGGAUUAGCGGUUGUCUUUGCUGAAGGUACUGAUGAUAUUAAGGUUGAUCAGCCCGUCGAUUCUCAAUGGCAGAACCUCUGUCCUAACUACUACAAGAACGACCCCGAUACCCAAUUUGAGGAUAACAUGUUCAAGGACGUCUCAACUGAUACCGUUUCUACGUAAAUUAUUACGCUCUAUUAAUCCAUUUCGUAUUUCACUUUGGGACUAUUUCUCUCAAUUCCUCUCAACUCCUCUCAAUCGUAUCGGACCUUAACAACUAACUUAUACGUUUUUGCUAAUGCUCAUUAUGAGGACAAUGACGUUCGGUAUUUUUGGUAUUCGGUAUUCCCACUAGCUUUUCUGUUUACCCAUCUAUCCUGCUUUCACGACUUGCCUUUACGCUAUCUAUCUAUGGUCAUGGACUUCUAGUGCUUGAAAUACAUAACUUUACACGUGUAAUGUAACGCAGAUACUGAUA